CGGCAAACUACACUCUGCCCGUCUAUUCAUCGAUCCAGUCAUCCGAUCAUCCGGCCAUCUGGUCAUCCAAACACUCAUCUAAAACAACAAAUCAACAAGCGAAUAAACAAACAAACAAACACACAACCCAAAAACGAAAAACCCCCUAGUUAAAGAAAAAAAAAACUUCAAACAAACAAGCAAAACACCAUGUGGCUCCUCACACACCUCCACAACCUCCUCGUCACCCUCGGCAUCCUGCCCAGGCGCGCCAAGCUCCUCGUGCUCGGGCUGGACAACGCCGGCAAAACCACCUUGAUCCGCCGCCUAGCCAGCAGCGAGCACCGGGACCUCACAUCUGCUUCUUUUGCCGCCGCCGCCACCGCCGCCGCCGCUCCUACUACCACCGGCCUGGCCCCCACAACCCCAACAGCCCAGGCCUCGACGCACACCCUCAGGGUCGGCAACGUCCAGUGCCUCACCACGGACGUAAGCGGCGCCCGGCCCGCACGGCAACACUGGGCGUCUUACUACACCUCCGCCCCCGCCCUCUCCCCCUCCCCCUCCUCCCCUCCUUCUCCCCCUUCUCCCCCCUCCUACUCCAACUCCCCCUUCAUCCCCCGCCAGCCCACAACCACCACCACCACCACCAUCACCACCACCCCCACCCCCAGCGUCAACGGCCUAAUCUUCCUCAUCGACGCGACCGACCGCUCCCGAUUCCGGGAGGUGAAGCGGGAGCUCGAUGUGCUGCUCGCCGCGCCGCAGCUGCGGCGCGUGCCGAUCCUGCUGCUGGGCAACAAGGUCGACGACCGGGGCGCCGUGUGCGCGGACGAGCUGCGCUGGCGGCUCGGCCUCAACAGGGUGUUCCGCCGCCCCGUGGCGCUGGCGAUGUGCUCCGUUGUGGGGAGGAGCGGGUAUGCGGAUGGGCUGGGGUGGCUUUUGGGGAAUUUGCGGUAGUUUUUUUUUUGGUUGUUGUUGUUGCUGUAGGAAUUGUGGGAUGCUUUUUUUUUUUGGCUGUGGGUGUUGUACCUAGUUGUAGGAGAGCGAGUGGUUGGAGCAGAUGGCGGAUUUUUUUUCUGGAUAUGUAUGCUGAGGAUGGGAGUAAUACGGAUUAAAAUGUGGAUUAGGAUUGGGAUAAUAGGGUUGAGCUCUUUUCUUUUGUUUCUUUUUUCUUUUUUCUUUUUUUUGGAUAAACAUCUUAAGACGCCCGGUUCGAAAGCUCCUCAUAUAACA